UGUCAGUCAUCCCCAGUCCAAUGGCUCGAUUGGGCGAUUUCACGCCACUUUAUUGGAAAUGAUCAGAUCCCAUGUAUCCGAAAAUCCCGACGAACAUCCCUUCAAUAUUCUUCCCUAUGCUGUUCAGUGCUACAAUAGUACUAGAAAUAAAACUACUGGCUUUACACCAUACGAGCUCGUGUUUGGCCACACCUCUGGUCGUCCGCCCGAACACGUAUAUUUAGAAAAAGAAUUGAUGUCCAAGUCUAGAAUCGAUUCAUUGUUAGAACCUGUGUGGCAAGUUCUUGAAGAAGACAAAAAUGUUAUUCAUUAUUUGUCGAAGUUAGUAGAACUUGUGGAUGAUGACUCUAUAGAUAGAAGGACUGUAGCAGAUCACAUUAAAAAACGUUACGGUGAGGAAGUUGAGUGCAGUAUAAUGGGGGGAAAAGAUAUACGUGUAUGAUUCAAAAGUCAUCAAGUUAUUUUGCUUCAGGCCUCAAAUAUAAUGCACAGAGAGAUUCGUAGCAAGCAAUUUGUAAGACAUAAGUACCCACCGUCCAAUCAAUUUGUAAGCGAUCUUUCCUGCGAUUAUCCACCCCACUUUUCGUUCUUUAUUGAGCACUUUCUCCUUAUCGCUGACGAAGAGGAAGAUAAAAAAGCAAAGUCUGUGAAGCGAGAUAUGAUAUCUCAAUGCAUACUUUCAUUCAUUCAGCCACGUACGUUUUUGUCCACCCUCCACUUGUCGAUUGGGACAUUGAUUCUGAGAAAAACAGGUUCCAAGUACAUCAUAAAUCUUCUGCAUGCAUUAGACGUUUGCACUUCUUACUACAAUAUUGAAUUGUAUGAGGCUUCAACAAUAGUGAAUCCACCCAGAUUGAUCAUCGAAAAACCUUUCGUAC